AUGGAGGGAGACGGGAUGGACAAGCUGGAGCGCAUGGCCUCCGUAUGCGAGUUCGACCCAAUCACCGGCAACAUCCCCGCCACCAAAGUGGAAAUCAGUGUCUCAUGCAGAAACCUGCUAGAUCGAGACACAUUCUCCAAAUCCGAUCCAUUAUGUAUCCUGUUUACUCAGGGAGUGGAGUCGAAGCAGUGGCGAGAGUUUGGGAGGACAGAAGUAAUUGACAACACACUCAACCCAGACUUUGUGAGGAAGUACAUUCUGGACUAUUUUUUUGAGGAGAAGCAAAAUCUGCGUUUUGACAUAUAUGACAUUGAUUCAAAAAGUCCUGACCUGACCAAGCAUCCCUCCGAAGUCAACGAUUUCCUGGGUCAGACCUUCUGCACUCUGGGUGAGAUAGUGGGAUCUCCAGCCAGUCGACUGGAAAAACCUCUGGGGGGUAUUCCAGGGAAAAAAUGUGGCACCAUCAUUUUAACAGCAGAGGAACUGGGAAACUGCAGGGACUGUGUCACUAUGCAAUUCUGUGCCAAUAAGCUGGACAAGAAAGACUUCUUUGGUCGCUCAGAUCCUUUCAUGGUGUUCUACCGGAGUAAUGAGGACGGAACGUUUACUAUCUGCCAUAAGACUGAGGUGAUGAAAAACACACUCAACCCUGUGUGGAAACCUUUCAGCAUCCCUGUGAGAGCCCUCUGCAAUGGAGACCAUGAUAGGUCAAUUAAGGUGGAAAUAUAUGAUUGGGACAGGGAUGGCAGCCAUGACUUCAUUGGAGAAUUUACCACUAGCUACCGGGAGCUGUCACGGGGCCAGAGUCAGUUCAAUGUUUAUGAGGUGGUGAAUGCGAAAAAGAAAACAAAGAAGAGAAGAUACAUCAACUCUGGAACAGUGACGUUGCUUUCAUUCUUUGUUGAGGCGGAACAUACUUUCCUAGACUACAUCAAAGCAGGCACUCAGAUCCAUUUCACCGUGGCUAUUGAUUUCACAGCUUCCAAUGGGAAUCCAUCUCAGUCCACAUCUCUGCAUUAUAUGAACCCAUACCAGAUGAACGCCUAUGCUAUGGCACUAAAGGCUGUGGGGGAGAUCAUCCAGGAUUAUGACAGUGAUAAGAUGUUCCCAGCGCUGGGCUUUGGAGCCAAACUCCCCCCUGAUGGCAGGGUGUCUCAUGAGUUUCCUCUGAAUGGUAAUGUAGAUAACCCAUACUGUAACGGCAUGGAGGGUAUUCUAGAGGCAUACCACCAGAGUCUCAAGACAGUUCAGCUUUAUGGACCAACUAACUUUGCCCCAGUCAUCAAUCAUGUUGCAAGAUAUGCAGCAGUAGUGGAAGACGGCUCACAGUACUUUGUGCUCCUCAUCAUCACAGAUGGAGUUAUAUCAGACAUGGCUCAGACCAAAGAAGCCAUCGUCAAUGCAGCUAAACUCCCAAUGUCCAUCAUAAUUGUUGGAGUUGGUCAGGCUGAGUUUGAUGCCAUGGUUGAGUUGGAUGGUGAUGAUAUCAGAAUAUCCUCAAGAGGGAAGCUGGCAGAAAGGGACAUUGUUCAGUUUGUGCCAUUCCGGGACUACAUGGACCGAACAGGGAACCAUAUCCUCAGUAUGGCACGGCUAGCCAAAGAUGUCCUGGCAGAGAUACCUGAUCAGUUGAUCUCUUACAUGAAAUCAAGAGGCAUCAAACCCAACCAGACUCCACCAGACUGUAGCCCUUCUGUACUUAGCCCAACCUCCACUAUCUGA